AUGGACGAGCCUUGCGAGUCUGCUCCAUGUGGGUCUACUACUGAAGGCUCUCAUCGACAAUCCCCAAUUCUCAAAGAACCACAUCCCGACCAAGGGAUUACCGAACAAACUACAGAAGAAGAGGCCCCCAGACAAGUAGGGGAAAAGUCUAAGGAAAUCGGGCGAAUGCGCAAGUCUAAAUGCGUCGCCAAAAAACCAAGGCGUAAUGUUUCUCCGCCCAUGACUCCUUUGAUAGAGUCACUCAAUGUUAAGACAGAUUCGGAGAUUGAGGAUGAGAUUCCUUUAGCUCGACUCCGCUCUGGACUGCGUUCGGCCCCGAGUACUCACGUCGAAGACGCUCCUGCUGAUCCUAAUUCCACUGCCUUUACUGAUGCAGGUAUUGAGGCGAGACCGGCUUCUGAUGACCCUGCUAGAAGUAGGGUACCUCCAAGUUCAGCUAUGGAAUCAGGCCUAGCUGAUAAUCCGACUGUUGACCCUGAAGAAGUUGAGGGAGUUGAAUUUGCUCCAACCACCAUAGCUGAAGCUGAAGCCACUAUGGACACAAGUGUUGUGUCUACCAGUUCCAUUACGACGACUGAGACUUGCGUCGUACCAAGUACCACAGUCGCUGCUGCUCCUACCACUACUGCAAUGGUUGCUACAACUACUGAUGCUCCCACCGUAUGCCAUGCGCCGCCAGUCUUCACAACAGCUAGGGUUUCUUCUACCGCUACUCAUGCAACGGUGUCCUCUAGUAGCACAUAUGCUUCUUCUCCAUCUUCGGUGAGAAAUUUUGCCGUAUCAAAAAUAUUGGAGAACUUUCUCAGCAUUCUGAGAGAAUCCUCCAUUCAGAUUUUGGACCAUGGAGGGAAUUUUGCAGACGUUAAAUAG